CUGAGGGGACAGGGACAAUCCUGGGGGGACAGGGACACUGGGGACAGCCCUGGGGACAAGGACACUGAGGGGACAGGGACAAUCCUGGGGGGACAGGGACACUGCGGGGUCAGGGACAGCCCUGGAGACAGGGACACUGGGCACAGCGACAAUGUCCCCGGGCCCUGGCCAUGGGCCACCUCGGCACUGAGGGGGCACUGGGGGCACCCUGGAGGUGACAGCGACACCCCCGGGGGCGCAGCGCCAUGUCCCCGGGCUGCGGGACCCCCGCCCCCGCGCUCCGUGCCUCAGUUUCCCCCCCGCGCUGCUUACUCACGGCCAUCGAUGCCAUCGAUCCCCGGCCGGGGGGGCACACGGGAGCCUCCCCCCCCGGUGCCACCGGCCCGCUGCCACCGCCACACCCGCGGCUGCUGCGGGGGCGCGCCCGAACCCCCUCCCCAAAAAAAACCCAACCCCAAAAAAAACCCCAAAAGUUUCUUUGGGAAAGUGCAGAAACCACGGCAGGGCCGGGCGCCAGCGGAGGAGGAGGAGGAGGAGGAGGAGGAAGGGGAGGAGGGCAGGACGGGCACGGGCAGCAGCGGGCGCGCUCCCGCAGCUCCGCAGAGCCCCGCCGGCUUUGGGGGACCCCCGGUGCCCCCCCCGGUGCCCCCCGGUGCCCCCGGGGCCAUGGGCAUCCAGGGCAUGGAGCUGUGCGCCGUGGCCGUGCUCAUCCUCCUCUUCAUCGCCGUGCUCAAGCAGUUCGGCAUCCUGGAGCCCAUCUCCGCCGAAGACAGCAUCGACGCCGACGUGGAGCUGCCGAGCGCCCGGCACCACCCCGAGGAGCUGGAGCAGCUGCUGGCUCGCACCAAGUUCACCAAGGCCGAGCUGCAGUCGCUCUACCGAGGCUUCAAGAGCGAAUGCCCCGGCGGGCUCGUGGAUGAGGAGACCUUCACGCUCAUCUACUCGCGCUUCUUCCCCCAAGGCGACGCCAGCUCCUACGCCCACUUCUUGUUCGACGCCUUCGACGCCGGCCGCAACGGGGCUCUGCGCUUCCAGGUGGGAAUUCCGGGUGGGAACGGCGCUGCCAGCAGCGUGAUUCAUCACAUCCUUCCUCCCCCUCCUCCUCCUCCUCCUCGCCCUCCUCUCCCCUCCCCGGCUGCGGCCGGGCUCUCCGGGAUAAAAAUACCGGGAUCAAUAGGGGCUGAAGUGCCUGGGGCGGCGCGGGAUCGGGGCGGGGGGCGCGGCCGGGGUGCGGUGAGGGUCCCUCCCGCCGCCCCCCCGCAGGAUUUCGCCGUGGGGCUCUCGGUGCUGCUGCGGGGCACGGAGCAGCAGAAGCUCAGGUGGACCUUCGACCUCUACGACGUGAACAAGGACGGCUGCGUCAGCAAGGAGCGAGCCCGCCGCGCCCGCCCUGCACGUGGAGCUGUUCUUCCAGAAGAUGGACAGGAACGGGGACGGCGUGGUGACCUUCGAGGAGUUCCUGGCUGCGUGCCAGGAGGACAAGGACAUCAUGAGCUCCAUGCAGAUCUUCCACAGCGUGCUCUAGAGCUUUGGGCAAACAGGAGGCAGGAGAAACGCAGCACGUGGCUCCCGGGACAGGACCAGGACCAGGACCAGGAGGAUGCCACCAGAGCCCCCCGGGCACGGUGCUGCCACCGCCAGCCUGACCCCUUCUGGGGGGCUGAGCCUCCCCUUGAGAGACCCCCACCCCCGGCGGUGCAGGGACUGGCACGGCACAAACCCCACCCAGGGGGGACCCCGGGGCGUGGGGACCCCCAGAGAUGGGACCCCCGGGUGGGGUCUCCGUGUGGCAGCCGUGGAUGGAGCCCCCAAACACCGACCCAGAGCACAGCCCCUGCUGCCCCAGCCGCGCGGGGAGGGGGUUUUGUAAAUAAACAAACGGUGACGGUUCAGGGCUGAAAGGGAGUCGGGGGGCGUGAGAGGGGCGCGGUGCCCGGCCCCUGCCCUGCUCCGGUCCCCUCUCCCAGCCUGUGUCCCGUUCCCAGUCCCAUUCCCGUUCCCAGUUCCCAAUCCCGGUCCCGUUCCCAGUCCCAUUCCCCUUACCCUUCUCAUUCCUGUUCCCUUUCCCUCUCCCGGUCUCGUUCCCGUUCUCUCUCCCAUGCUCGGUCCCGUUCCCAGUCCCAUUCCUGUUCCCUCUCCUAUUCCCUCUCCCGGUCCCGUUCCCGUU